AAGGAAAUGAGCUCCUGUUUUGAUUCUUGUGGUCACUUGAUUUUAUGUCUCUAAAUGUUUCAUGGUUCUAAACAUACCUUCGAAAUCAGUUGGUGUGAGAAAGCAUCUAGAAGUUUACGGUUUGCCACUGUCAUUAUGUAAUACGGAAACGCGUUUACUAAGGGUCCGUGUAAUUCGGGCGUUGGAUCUUAUGAAAAAGGAUAUAUUCGGAGCCAGCGACCCGUACUGCAAACUGUGUAUAUAUAAAACCCAGCGUUCAACUCUCCCCUUGUGUUCACCAGUACCAACAAAAACUGUUAAGAGAUCUCUCAACCCGAUUUGGAACGAAGAAUUUAUUUUCAGGGUUAAUCCAUCAGAAAACCGUUUAGUUUUUGAGCUUUACGACGAAAAUAGAAUUACGAGGGAUGAUUUUUUGGGUGUCGUCACUGUAUUUCUGCCGUAUCUGGAGAUUGGCACGGAGGGAUCUAAUUGUCGGUUGAUGGCAAAGAGCUUUCUACUGCGCCCUAGAAGUUCUCGAUCCCGUGUUCGUGGUAAUCUCCACUUGUAUUUGGCUUACUUACCAAGCCAUUUAAAUCCCCAGAUUACAAGUCUUCGUCAACUUCCUCCCCUUGUUGAAUUGUCAUCUGAACAACAACGUAAUAGUGAAGGUCAAUUAUCCUCAACACCUGUAUCUUCUUCACAUCGUCCUAGUUUACCAGCACAAUCAUCUAGUCCUGGUAUUGCUGAAUUAUCUAACACUAUAAACGAUGAUACUGAUAACCGUGUACAACUUAGUAGAAAUACUUCAAUAGAAUCAGAUACUGUAAGUGUUACUGAGACUGUUGUUGGACCAAUGCUUUCUACGUCACUUGAUGAAAAUUCACUUCCACCAGGUUGGGAUGAACGAGUUGAUCAAAAUGGACGGACAUAUUAUAUGGAUCAUGUUAACAAGCGUACACAAUGGGAUAGACCUUCUUUUCAAUUACCACAUGGAUGGGAGCAACGAACUGAUGCAAAUGGUCGUGUUUAUUAUGUUGAUCAUCAAAAUCAUAGAACUACUUGGUAUCAUCCUUUAUCUGAGGUAAUAAUUUUCAUAUUAUAUGUUUGUAUUCGUGUACAAUCAAAAUUAUUCAUUACCAUAAUUUCAAUAUUUAAUACUUAACUGAUUUUCUUCCCUUAUAUACAAAAUGUUGCUUUAGAACUGGUCUCUCUCAACUAUUGAUAAGUGAUGUAGUUAAGCAUGUAUAACAUUUUACUUAUCUUAGAAGUUUCAUGAGCCUUGGUGAGUUGGUUUCUGAUGAAAUAUCGGCAUGAAUUCUGAAGGUCCUGUUGGUAUUUGCUAAUUUGCUUCAUGGCAGGACAUCCAUCUGCCAAUUAGAAGACGAGGUUACUGUGUAACAUAUCUCUUUGUCCUACUUUGCGUCUGUGAAACGUGACCUUUACAAACAGGAUAUUCUUAGGUUACUAGUAUUCAAUCAUACGUGUCUUUGGACCGUUGCUUGUAUAUUUUGGGACAGUCGAGUAAGAGAUUCUUAGGUUAGACCCAGAUUACUUUGUUGGAUAUGACGAAUCGUUUGACGAGGUAGUGAUGACGGCCGGAGUAGGACUAGAUUGAAAGAAAGCUAGGAACGGCUAAACCAAGGCGUAGUAUCAGUCUAUAAAGAGAUUGACCGUUAGGCUGAGUUAUAUAAAUAGGUCCAGACCACUUGUUUGGAAUCCGUUUGAUUAUCACAACCACUACCUACAAAAAUGGUAUAAAGACGGUUGUUUGUUGACUCGUGGUUUAAGUUCAUGCUAUCUAGUUAAAUACUUUUAGCUGAGUAAAAUAUCAAAUGUGAUUAAUCACAAUUUGUAUAUGUCAGACUACACUCUCAGCUUUACUAAAAUUGUUUUAGUGCCUCUUUUUAAAUAUAAAAAUUCAUUAUUUCUAAUUUGACACCUAUAAUUUAUUGAACGUACUAAGUUUUUGAGAGUGUUUUACAAAUAUCAUAUCAGAAACUGGUGAAUAGCUUGUUGAUGUCUGGUGGUUAUAUUCACAUCAGAGUUUGUUUGUGUAUAUAUGUGUUAAACCAACUACUAGUUGCCCGUUUUCGAGAAUAACUUAUCGCCUUUAGAUGAUAGCUAUUUGUGAGACUGAUUUGUAUUUAUCAAACAUUCAUAAACAUGUGUACACGUGUGAUUUUAUUCUGUUUUUUGUCCCCUUCGGAUUUUUUUGCUUACUAUGUAUAAAAGGGAUCUCGAUCUCAGACAUCACCUCAACACUCUACUGCUGCUAGUCCUGUUACAUUCAACGAUGCUAUCGAACCAUCAAGUGAGGGUAGGUAUAGUAAUAAUAAUAACAAUAAUCGUAUCGAUCAUUAUUGUCUCUAUUAUUUUGACCUUUUUUAAUCGUUAAGUAUGUUGAGGGGAAAAAGAACGCAUGAAUUUUGAAGCGAUCACGCAUAAAUUUGUGUUUAAAAUCAGUUAGUCAGUCAUGUGCAACGUGGCAGCUGACAUAUGUCCAUCGGUUCAAGUUAUCAAACCAAAUUAGCAUAGCAAGGUAAAAUUAUUUCAAGACGAAUUUCAGAGUGUUGAUUUUCACCCUGAAACUCGGUUCCAGUACCUUUUUCUUUAAACACCAACGCUUUAUUAACUUGACCAUUAAAUCCAAUUAACGUGUUGGGCAUUUAAAACGAAAGGCGCUAGAAUCGAGUUCCGGACCGAACAUUAGCACUCGAUCGCAGGUACAUGAAGCCGAUGGUUCCGGAAUAAGACGAAAUGCGUGUCCUGGAUUUUAUCGGCAGCCACUAUCCAACUCUGCCUAAAAAUCCAUAAAGUUUGUUUCUGCUAGCUUGUGUACCAAUGUUUUCAUGUCAGGUACAACAUACUCUACUUGGCAUUGUUUUGCAAAGUAGAUUUUCGUAUUCGAUAUAGAAACGACAAACGAAUUCUGAUCUAUAUUUCCAUGUUGGAUUUAUUUAUUUUAACACAUAGAUAUUGGUACAAGGAGGCACCAAAUACAUAUGCGCCACACAAAUCUCAUUCGAUAUGUGUGAGGGCUGUGAUACUGCCCGGGUGCCCAAACCGAAGCAGGUGGUUUUCUUAGGGGGCCACCCCCCGAGCCUUCGACCUGAAGGUCUGAUCCACAAGACAGUGGAACAACGUAAGGAGAUGCAGUCCCAUGGUAGCCGGUGACCAACGAUUGGUUCAUACGCCAUUUGUUCCUCCAGAAUACUGGAGCCCAUGUGCACCAUUGGUUUGGAAUGAGGGUUUUCCAACUUCCCUAGGUGGAAUCUUCAUGUCCACCAACUCGGUUAAAGAACAUGCCAUUCGCUUUUCGUCCUGUUAAUUUCGUGAACAACACCCGUGGUGCGAUAAGGCAGUGAGUAAGACUUUCCUGGCGGAGGCUAUAUACGUGUGGCCAUGUGAGAGCAGUUCAAGAAGGGGGGCGGACUAUCCCCACUCUCGGCCGUAUCAGGGCAUUCAGGGGCUUCCUGGUUAAAUAGAUGACCGACAAACAACCUUAAAUUUAACUUUCUUUCUACAUAUAGUUUAACACUUGUUAACAACGUGUAUCAUUUAUUUAGUUUUAAACGAGAGAAUGAAGUGAGCAAUGUACACUGCGUUGUCAAGUACCAAACAAGCAAUCAAGUAUAGAAUCUCCAAAUUUUGUUACAGAUUCCCACGAUGAGAGUUUAAAUAACUCCAGUGUUUUACUUGGGGAACUAGUUCAAGCUUUUUUUUCAGGGAAAUGAUCAAAAAAUGUUCUGUUUAUUUCCCUGAAUAAGAAAUAUGAUCAAAAUUCUUCCCAUCAUGUUUAAAAUUAAGGACAUUUUCAUUUUAUAUUCCUGUAACAUUAAUACAAAAGGGAAUACUCGAUAAACAAAAGCAUCAAGAUAUAUGUACAUUCUAUCCAAAGAAAGAUAUAAUAUUAUUGAACUGAAAUAAGAAUAAUAGUAGUAAGGCUCAUUCUUAAAAUGUCGAGUGAUGAGUUAGUGGAUUCUCAUCAACUGAGAUUGUUAGGACACGUUUUACGUAUGAUCAUGAAUUGACUACCUUGAUGAGUGAUGAUGGCUAGUGUAGAAUUAAAUUGAAAGAAAGCUAGGAGCGACUAAUCCAAGACAUUGUCCAUUAGAUUGAAUUAUGUGAGUAGGUGCAGACCACUUGUUUGGAGUCCGUUUGGUUGUAGUAAUCAGUGGUUAGAGACUUUGGUCGAGAUUUCUCAAAAUCGUUCGCAAUGGUACAGGCCUGUUCCUUCUUUGUUUUCUUUUAAAUCGUAAGUUUGUAAAUUUCUUAUAAAUCUAUUUCUAAUUAUUUCAAUAACUUAUAUCUUCUCGAAUUGUAUCUUCAAUGUCCAAUCCCUUCUGUUGCCACUGAUACCAUUACUAUCUCUACUACUCUGUGAUUUGGCUUAACAAUUAAAUCUCUGUCUACUAAUAGUGUAUAGGGAUUUGAACCGAUGUACAUACUUACCAAGUUCUAUGUUGCAUCUGACUGACACCAUGAAAAGGUAUGUUUCAUAUGAACCCAAUGGGUAUAAUCAAAAUGAUUAUCAUCGUAUAUAGCGUGGUAUUGUCUUUUUUUUCUGCAAAUUAAUCAUCGUGUUUAUCAUUUCCCUCUCAUUUUUGCUAAUAAUUCCGUAGAAGGAGAACUGGGGAUAGUUAAUGAUGAAGGUGAUGAGACAGAAAGUAAUUUUCACGUUGAAUUUGAUCCACCGAUUUGUCCAACUGAUGAAAAUCAAGAAAAUCAAUCACCUGAUGAACAAUCUGUAUUAAAUGAAAGAAUCACAAAUUCUAGGUCUCAAUUACCUACUGGCGUUGGCGUCAAUGGCAGUGGUGAUGGUAGAUCCUCACGUUCUAAUCCUCGUCAUACACGACGUAGUUUAACGAUAUCCGAGAGAUUACGUGCAAAAGGUAGUAGUGGUAUUACGUCGUCGGUGGCGGGGGUAGCAGCUCGUUCAAAUAAUAAUGUUCAAAACGGCAUCGAUGAUGUACGUGCUGCGCAGACAAUGUAUUUACGACGUAGGCAAGUUAGCUUUGAAGAUACUCUAUCUCAUCUUCCAGUCAGUUUGGAUGCCAUUCAAAUUGUCAAUUAAUUCCACCAAGUUCAUCAAAUUCUGACACAAAUACCAUUCAAUUAACAGAUCCAUCUAGUUCAGCAAUUACAAUAACAAAUCCUACCUCACGAAUAGAAUCUUCACCUAAUGAACAAGGUAUAGAUCAUGUAGAUAGAAAUCGUCGAAUUGGUGAAAUUGUUUUAGGCUUAGAUAUUGCUCCAGGUGAAGAACCACUUCCAGAAGGUUGGGAAUUAGCUAGAACUGCAAGUGGUCGAAAAUUUUCAUUAAUCAUAAUGAACAUACUACUACUUGGGAUGAUCCUAGGGUUAUCCGACCAAAUAAUCAAAUAACCAAUGGUUCUUUAUUAACACAUGAAGCACAACGACAUGUAAUGAAAGAUUUAGGCCCAUUACCGCCUGGUUGGGAAGAACGUGUACAUAGUAAUGGUCGUAUUUUCUACAUUAAUCAUAAUGCUCGAACUACUCAGUGGGAAGAUCCUCGUCUAGAACGUUUAGGCGGUCCAGCUGUUCCUUAUUCAAGAAAUUAUAAACAAAAAUAUGAUUAUUUCCGAUCAAGGUUACGAGCUCCACGUGAUCCACAAGCUAAAUUUGAAUUACGUGUUACACGAGCUGGUAUAUUCGAAGAUUCAUUCCGUCUAAUUUAUGGAAUAAAAAGACCAGAAGUGUUAAUGCAUCGAUUAUGGAUUGAAUUUAUUGGUGAAAAAGGUUUAGAUUAUGGUGGUGUACAACGUGAAUGGUUCUUUUUAUUAUCACGUGAAAUGUUCAAUCCUUAUUAUGGUCUAUUCGAAUAUUCAGCCGCGUAUGUCUUAAUUAUGUAUAUAUGUAUAUAUGCGCAUAUCUAUACGAAUAUAUACAUUAAUCCUAGUUCAUCAGUUGCCUUUGAUUCGUUAGUUUAUUGAAAAGAAGAUUUAUAUGCAUGAAGUUUUGAUACAUAUUAUGCAUUAACAUGUAUUUUCUUAGUUGAGAGUAUUAGGUAGUACUAGUUAUCUUUCAUUAUUGUUGAUUUCUCGAAAUCGAAUAGUAAUUGAGUAAUAGUACUUACGACAUUUGACUUUCGGUCAUCUACUCACAAUUCCAAACCGAUCUAUGCAUAUUUCGGUUUAUGUAACCAGGUGAUUUCGAUUGUUUUUUAAUGUUAAACAUGAAGUCUUGAAGUUGUCCAAUUAUGUUUUAUUUUAGAUCUCUAGAUCAAAGGCUCAAGGUAUGGCCCUCUAAGAAAACCAGCUACUUCGGUUUGGGCACCUGAGAGAUAUCCCACUACUCACAUAAAUUGAAUGGUGAAGAGUGGCGCAUAUAUAUUUAGUGCCUCCUUGUACCAAGGUUUAUGUGUUUUUAAAUAAUAAUCAAAAAUCUGUUUCUGAAGAGUUACGCCUUCAUUAUCUGUAAUCACCUAACUGCUCUGUUAGUAUGAGAGGGAAUGGGCUAAAAAAAAACAUGUUUAAUGGUAACCAAACCAAUACUUGUUUUCAGUUAGUCCAAUUACUGUCCCAAUUUAUGUUGAUUAUAUAUGUGCAUCUCCUAAUUGAAACUUCCCCAGAUUAUAAUUAUGAAAACCUUUUGUGCGACCAACUUUAGUCAAAUAUUGUGGAACAAAUUCAUCUUUAGUAACCUUUUCAUGUCUAUUUUUACUGCGUUAUCACUAAUUAUUUGCCAACUGUUUUUCAUAUGAUCAAAUUUACACUAUGAGUUAUACUAAUUCUACUACUACUACUACUACCACUGAUACUACUAAUUUUGACUUGUUAUAAUAUUCAGCAUGAGAUUGUGGAAUUUUAAUAAAGUCAUGAACCGACCUAAGUUAGACAACCAUUGAAUAUUCGUUCUAAUGUGGGACUCGUGAGCAGUCUCUAUUCACGACUCCAUAACCUUGAAUUGAACCCAGGACCUUUUGGACCACUAUACACCAUUGAACCCUGGCUCAGUGAUCAAUACAUUAAGCGUUAGCACGUGAGACGGAAGGUCCUUGGUUCAAUUCCAGGUUGCAGGGUUGUGGAUGCACACUCCUGAGGAGUCCCAUAUUAAGAAACAGACAUCCAGGUUACCAAAGGUUAUCUAACUUAGAUCGCUCCAUGAUUUCAAUGAAAAGUUAUUUAACCUGUUUGUCUACGUUUAUACAACGUUUAUGUUGAUGUAUAUAUUUAUUCUCUGUCUCAUUUACCACUGUACAGGUUCGUAUACUUGGCUCCAAUCCACAUUUUAAAUAUGAUGUUAUACGGUUGUAUAGACUAAAGUAGGUUGAACGGGAUUCGAACCCUAGACUUGGUAGCUGAAAAUUAAACCCCUUAAACACUAUAUCACUGCUCCAUUGAAAUGCAUAGUUGUGACAUUCUUGAACUUAUGUACCAGCUCAUAAUUUUCUUAUGCCUCACCGACUAGCCAAUCUAUUUGUAUAAAUUGCAAUUUUGAGCGAAUGCUUAUUGGUUAAGGUGUUCAAGUUUCAGACCCUUUUCCAUCUAGUGUGGUUUAGGCCACCAGGUACUAUCAUUAGUCUUAGAAUCUAAUUCAUACCAAAGUACCUUGUAGACAACAAUAAAUAAAUAAAUUGAAACCUUUAUCCAUUCCGUCUCAGUAUCUUAAGCGCUGUUAGAGGUAUGUAUAGGGUUCUAAAUCCCUGAUUACCCACACUGUGUUCGUAGCGGCCUAGGAGGGUAACCGUAAAGUUCAUUGAAAGAAUUCCUGAGGCCCGUCAUACAUGUGCUAUCCGUGAGGAGUUUUUAAUGUAUUAGCUCCAUACUUUAAAAAACCUUACUCUUGGUGACAUAAAUCAGGGAACUUUUUUCUAGUCCCUUCCUUUCAUUUUGAGAAUACAGCAUCACUGCAGAUGCUCGUUCCCUGGGGGAAACAUCUUACAGUUGUCACACUUCAAUACAGUCAACAGUAUGACUUCAUCCUCAAACCAUGUUUUUGUUGCAUUCAGUCUUACCGUUUUUCAACCAACCUCCCGAGCAUGGUAGAAUCUAAAGAAACAAAUUUUCCAAUCAAUAUAGGUCGAUCAUGUCAUUACGAUUUAAGAGUCUGAACAUCUUAUUGAGAGGUCUUAGCUACAAUCGCAUUCACACUUUUAUAACGCAUGUUUAAAUAUAUAUUAUAUUAAGUGAAUGUAUUUAUCGGAUUUUAAAGAUGUUUAUCCUUUCCUUCACUAAUUCAAUGACAAAACAAACUGUAUCCAAGUUAAGAGUAUGAACUACAUAUUAUAGAGAAAUACACUUAACUCCACAUUGUUUAUCUCACUUUUCUUUUUCCUUGUUACUAUGCGUAUAUAAAAAAUUAAUUAGGAUGAUAUAGGUUGAUUCAUUCUAGUUACUUAGUUGAUUUGUUUCAAUAAAGUCAGUUCACAGUGUACCUUAUUAUUAUAAGAAAUCUAACUUUUGAACAUACAUAUUUAUAUGUUCAUGUACUUAAUACGUUGAAAAUGUAAUGUAUUUUUUCUAUUCUUCUAUUAUUUCCUCUCCUCCUAUCCCUCUCCUGUUCCCCCAUUCUUAUUCUGUUUUUUCACUUAUUAUCUAUAAGUAUGCUUGUUGUCGUUACGUAGAUUUAUCAAGCAGUCCAGUGUAUACCCCCGGCUAAGAACUAAUAAUGCUGUUACUACCACUACUACUACUACUCGUGCUAUCGGUUGUACUUGUUGAAGAAAAAGUUAAAAUCUAUUGUGUAUGUAUAUUAGUAUUUUGUGUUUAUUAGUCUAAUGGAAUUUCUUUCUAUCUAAAUAUUUAAUUAUUAUACUAUGGAGAAAAGAACAAAGAUCGAUAUUUGUUAUCUUCUAUGAUUCAUUCAAUUCAUAAAACUUGAUCAAUUUUUUCGAAGAAAAAAAAAAUAUCACGUACUUUUAUUCUCUUUUUUUUUCCAAUAAAAGUGUACUAUAGAACACUUUUAUAUUCGUUUAAUUUGAUGGAUUAAUUGAAGUUAAACAUUAACACUAUUGAAUACUGGUCAACUCAGUGGUCUAGUGGUUAAGCGCUUGCAUACGCGAGACUGUUAGAUCCUGGGUUUGAAUCUCGUGACGUGGGAUCGUGGAUGUGCACUACCACUGAGGAGUCCCACAUUUAGGACGAAAUGGCUGUUCAGUGCUUCCAAAUUUUCCAUGGUAGUUUAACUUCAGUUGGCUCAUGAUCUCAACUAUUAAAAAUUUCCUAUUCAUUUGAUGUUUUAGUCUGGGGCAAAGACUGAUCUACACCUUUAUGUUGGUGCGCUAGAAUUAAUGGACUGUGUUCAUGAGCUAACAUGGGCGGUUAAGUGGAAAUGGGACUAAUCACCUAUUCUAUCUGAUUUUUGAUCAAUUAAAGGAGAGAAAUGAGAGCGUGAUUGUUGUCCUGGAGAGAAAAUUUCCUUUAUGUGCCUAACUGAUUUCUUGCUGAGAGGAUCCAUUAGGUAUGGAAUAGGCGGACUAGGACUAAAGCUAUGAACUGUCUUGUAACCAGUGCGCAGUGGUUUAUAUCAAAAUUACUUGUCGUAGGAGCGUGAUGAGAGGAUAUUUUCCAUGACGAAUUAUUUUUGAAUUGAUUUAAGUGCUUGAUAUUCAUUCAGUGUUUGUAAGCCACCGGGCUAUGUUUAGAGGUUAUCUCAUAUAUACGUGUGCUUAUACUAUAGGAUAUAUAAGUCUUGGUUUAUACACUAUAUAUGCAUGUAGUAUGUACUUGCUAGCGGGAGCGUCUAUACCUGUGUGUACUAUGGAGUGUACAGACUUCGGUUUAUGCAUGUAACGCAUACCUGUAACCGCUCGCAUCUAUCCCCACGUAUAUAUUGUAGGAUGUAGGUUUCCUUGUUAUGUCCAUUUUAUAUAUACAUCUAACGCAUACUUGCGGUAAUACCACGUUUCAUAAUGGUAUAUUCAUCAUAGCCUUUAACGCUUUUGGGAUGUUUUAUAAGUUUCCGAAAGUGAUAGGAAAGUGUAGACUAUCACGUGUCUGUCUGCACUACAGAUAUCGGAAUGUCUAAUUACGCGUAAAGACUGCACAUAAAACUAUAACAUUUCCGUUUACUUAGCUUUCUCCAAUGCUCCAGUUGCACUCUUUACACAAGACUUUUUCUCUUUCCCCGAAGAGUCUAAAGGCUCCCCCUUGCCUAGCUGAGCAAGAAUACUAUUACUAUUUUUUCUGUAGUGCACACUUAUGAGUGUAGUUUUCACUGGCAGUUUCAUUUUCAUUAACUGAAGCGAACUACAUAUGUCUUUCUAUGAACAUGCCGUUGUAGCGCAUUCCGAAUUCUCUGAUAAAAAAACAUAAAUCGACAGGUAGAGGUUGAAACGAAAUCCUCUAUGAAAACUAUCCUGUUAUAUCCAGCAUUUACUCAUUAAAUGUAUGGGAAUAUACCCGAAAAUGUUUGAUAACACACACACACACAUUAAACAUUGAUAAUUGUAUAUGCUACAAAUUCAUGGAUACGUAUCUUAUCCCUUGUAUUUUCUUUAUUUAAAAACAAAUGAGUGAUAGGGGUGUUUUUUCAAGUUACUGUUUCAUGCGCUACCUCUCUUUUUCUCUGUAUUUGUUUACCUUAUGAGUUAUCAUUUUAUGUUGCCUGAAUAUACUAUUUUCACAGAUCUGUUGUCCUCCUUUCUAAUCAAUAUAGUUUAAUUAUUACUUAAAUAAUUCAGUUAUAAUCUUGGGAUAAUAUGGUUUACAUUCGGUUGACUUAACCAAUUGUAAUGUAUUGAUAAAUCCAUUCAUUAAGAACAGAUUAAUGGACUAGAAAUUAAACACCUGAGUGUCAUAACCGAAAGUAAUGAUGUAUAUGUAAUGGAGUUCGAACCUAGGACUUUAUGACUGAAACUCGUUUAUUCAUUACCAGAAAAUGUUUUCGAGUCGAGUUGGAUUGUAAUUAAUAAUAGAAACUUAGAUAACAAUAUUUUGAUCUAUUUAAGAUUCAUCAUCUAGAUGUACCUGCUCCCUAGUAUUGAUUUCCACAUUUAAAAUUGAACCUAGUACCUAUUGCUUCAAAUACUAACAUGGUGUCCAGUAUACUUAUUUAACGACUCAAAAUCGUUUGCAAUGACGCAGGUGCAUUCACUCUUUGCGUUCUCCCAAAUUCUAAUCUUCUGUAUUCUUUAUGUCCUUUUUCUUUUUCCCUUUCCAAAUUUAUUUCACUGGAUCAUACUCUUUAAAUAACAUCUCCAAACCUCAAUCUUUCCGAUUACUGCUUAUACUUUUACUACCUCUACCGCUAUGGGAUUUGAAUCGACAACUGCAUCUCUGUACCAAUGUGGUAUGGCAACUCGAACUGAUAUAUGUACGUACGAAGUUCUAAUUUAUUACUGACUGACUGACUUAACGGAUAUUAAAUUAUUUGUAAAGGAUUAUAUUUUCCCUUUUAGUUAGUAGUAAGGAUGGUAAACUGCUAGAACAUUUUUCACAACGUUUAUUGUAAAGUAAGUUUAAGCUUUAUUAAUUACUAGCUUUUCACCAAAAACAAUCGUUUAUCGAUACCCUAAAUAGUUGUCUUUUAUAUAGUUUAAAAACAAUAAUUAAGGAUAGGUUUGAUAAAUUAAUGCACUUUCAUUCAGUUUAAUAAUCAAUUCUAUUAUUCAGUGUUAUAUAAAAGAUAUGGAAGUACAUACUUUUAAUCACAUUUCAUACCUUUACUGUCUAUUUUCGGUAUUAUCACCAAAUGUCUCUUCAUGAUAUAUGAAAGUCUUAACUCAUAUACUUGUUGAGAGUUCCAAAAUAUCCCUUUUCAAAGUCUCUGGUAGCUCAUUAAUUCCGGGAAAUGUUUUACUCACUCAGCUUUGAAUUGAAGUAUUUAGAGAAAUUAAAGAUUAUGUUUCGUCACUUGUUUGAUCAAAUAAUUGCCUUCACCAUCACUAUAUUUAGUAUGUUUGCAGGAAGUUCUACAAAACGAAGGCUUUUUGUUCAUAAACUGAUCUUGCAAUAAUACUCUUACUCAUAUUUUAUGCCUUUUCCCUAUUGAUCUGGUUGACGUGUAAAAGUAAUCUGGAGUUGUAGGAAGCGAAUAGGGAAGUCAAUAAUAAGAGUUCCAGUAGCAGAUUUAUCCGUUUUUCGUAAAGAGCAUCUUUGAAAUGAGAUAGAAAAAAUACAGAAGCCGUUAAUGACAUUUAAAGAGUAUAUUGAGGGGGAAAGCAUAAAACGAUUACGACAUUGUACACAGAUUAUUUUCAUUCAGAUGCUAAUCUUCUUAUCUGAUUAGCUCUACUUUAGUAUGGUGAAUUAUGUUGAAACCUUAUGAUCCUCGAUAGCUAAAAGUCAAUAAAAUCAAUGACGCAGUAUUAUUUUAAACGCUCUGAACUUUAACAUCCCCUACCUUGUUGUUAUUUAUGCAGUUGGAUAAUGUCAUUGACCUUCAUAUCGAACAGUGGCUCAGUGGUUGAUGCGUUUUUCUCUUAGUUACUAAGUCCCAGGUUCAAAUCCCGCCUCCACUUAUUUCGGUUCAAGCAACCGGAUAGUAUCGUUAGCCUCCACAAACCUAAAGUAAACGGUGAAUGAGUUAAUUGGAAAAAAGAAAUUAUAUCAAAAUCGAUAUUCAAAGGCGAAUAGAUGAACCUGUCUACUUGAUGACAUUGAUUUCACUUAUAGACCCCUUUUUGAUAUAAUUUCACCAUACAUAAUUUUAUUUCCUAUUUCUUAAUAUAGUAGUGUUUUAUCGAAAGACUUGUGUAUUUCAAGGUAAUAACCUAUUAUUAGUUCGAGUUUAGAAAAUAUUGGUUAGUAUUCACAGUUAACUUCUGAUUCGUUCAAUCUAGUCUACCUCAAAUAAUUAAUAAGUUUCUUAUUUGCAUUUGGAUGAUUUAUUCCAGUUGCAUAACUAUCUAUUAUAUUAAUACAAGUGUCGUUCCCACUCGAAUCAUUGGUUGUGUUAUCCUAAAUGUAAUGUAAGCAUUCAUCAAUCAUUCUGACUUCCUACAUGCAAGUCAUACAUUAAUAAGAUGUAAUUAACAGUUAUGUUACGGUUCGAAUAGCAAAAGAGAACACCUUUUACUUCAAAGCAAUUAUUAUUUCUUAUUAACAUAGGAGGGUUUGUGUGGAUAAUCAAAUUUCUAUUAGUUUGCACCACGGACUGAUCUUAGUUAGAUAACUAUUGCAAACCAGGAAGCGUUAAAUACGUACUUCUGAAAAGUCUUAUGCUAAGACGGAACAGCUAUUCAGUGCUUCUUAGUUUAUAAUUGUGAACUAAUUAAGAUCAUUCUAUGAUACCAAAUAUAAAAUUCUGUAGUCUUCAUCACCCCUUCUAUAGUAAUAGUAAUAAUCAUGUACUCUUUAAUGACUUAUUCUGCGCAGUAAUUCCUAGAGUCCUAAUAAGGGUCUUAUUUUCCAUUAUCAGGAAGAUCGUGACUACACAUUCCUGAGAAGCGCGAUAGCCACCAGAUGCCCUGGUACGGUCGAGAGUGGGGAGAGUCAGCCCUCCCUCUCUAAAUGCUCUCACAUGGCCACGUGCAUACAACCACUGCCAAGGAAGUCCUACUCAUUGUCUUCUUGCAUCACGUGUGUUGUUUACGAAAUGGAGAGGACGAAAAGCGAAUGUCCGGCGCUUAACCAGGUUGGUGGACACGGAGGAUCCAUCUAGGGCUGUUGGAAAACCCUGAUUCCAAACUAAUGGUGUACAUGGGCUCCAGGAUUCUGAAGGAACAAACAGCGUAUGAACCUAUUGUUGGUUACUGGCCAAUAUGGGACUGCAUCUUCUGACGUUACUCCACUGUCUUGUGGGUCAGACCUUUAGGUCUAAGGCUCUGGAUGUAUCCUAAGAAAACCAUCCGCUUCGGUUUCGGCACCCGGUCAGUAUCCCAGUCCUCACACAAAUCGAAUGAUUUAUUUGGCGCAUAUCUAUUUGGUGCCUCCUUGUACCAUUGUUUAUGUGUAUAAAUAAAUAAAUAAAGCCCGAUAGCAUGAUAAAACAGCUGUUCACUGUUUUUGUUUUUCAGUGAUUUGUCUAAAGUGGAUGAACCAAUCGGAUUACAAGUCACAUACAUUUGGCUAAAUAUAGUUUAAGCAUUAUAGCCGAUUUCAGUAUGUGAUUAAAAACCAUAAAUCUAAUUUUUAACCCUUAACCAUCCACUGUAAAUAAGAAUUCUAAAUACUUUAUAACUCUCAUUUAGUUCUAAUCAUCAAGAGGUGUUCAUUCUUAAGGUCACUUCAGCGUCCCUCGAAUGUCGUUCAUAAAUUAUAGUCUCUGAUGUAACCUAUGAAAUUACUAUUUCUCCUAGAAUUCUUCAUUUAAUCCUUCCCUUUUUUUCAUGUUUUCUCUUUUAUCCAUAGUGAUAAUUAUACACUUCAAAUUAAUCCACUAUCUGGUAUGGCUAAUGAAGAACAUUUAAAAUAUUUUAAAUUUAUUGGUCGUGUUGUUGGUAUGGCUGUUUAUCAUGGUAAAUUAGUUGAUGGAUUUUUUAUUAGACCAUUUUAUAAAAUGAUGCUUGGUAAAACAAUUUCAUUAAAAGAUAUGGAAGCUGUUGAUUCAGAAUAUUAUCGUAGUUUAAAAUAUAUAUUAAAAGAAGAUCCUAUAUCAUUAGAUUUAACAAUGUCUGUUGAAGAAGAACAUUUUGGUGAAACAGUUGAAGUUGAUUUAAUUAAAGAUGGUAGAAAUAUACGUGUUACUAAUAGUAAUAAAACACAAUAUAUAGAACGAAUAAUAAAUUGGCGAUUUGUUUCACGUGUUGAAAAACAAAUGUGUGCCUUUUUAGAAGGUUUUAGUGAUUUAAUUCCAUUAGAAGCAUUACAAAUAUUUGAUGCAAAUGAAUUAGAAUUAUUAAUGUGUGGAUUACAAGAUAUUAGUGUAACAGAUUGGAAAGCGAACACUUUAUAUAAGGGUGAAUAUCAUGCUAAUCAUCCAGUCAUUGUAAAUUUAUGGAAGGCUAUAUACACAUUUACAAAUGAAUUAAGAAGUCGUCUACUACAAUUCGUCACUGGGACAUCACGUGUACCUAUGAAUGGUUUUUCAGAAUUAUGGGGUUCAAGUGGACCACAGAAAUUUACUGUUGAAUGUUGGGGUUCUGUGGAUCAGCUGCCUCGUGCUCAUACUUGUUUUAAUCGUUUAGACUUACCCGCCUAUCCAACAUUUGAAGAGUUACGUUGUAAAUUAAUUAUUGCUAUUGAAAAUGCUGAAGGAUUUGAAGGUGUCGAUUGAAUGAUUAUUCUUAUCCCUCUACAUAUACUACUAUUAUUAUUUAAUAAAUUUCAUUUCUUUACUGGUAUUUCUUUUGGUUAUUGUAAAUUCUACAUAACAUAAUGCACAUAAUAAACCAUGCAGCAUUUCUACUUGGAUAAUGCUGUAAUUCACAAACUUUCGAAUACCUACGUUACAUAUAUUUAGACAUCUUUUUUUCGGGGGGUGGGAACUACCGCUUGGGCAUCGACAUGUGUAUAUAUAUAUGUUUGUGUUCAUGUCCCUCCCCCCCUCCAAGUCAAAUAAAAUACUCCCUAUCACUAAUGGUAACGAAAUCAUGAAAAACAAACUUUAUUGUAUUCACUAUUCAACAAACAAAGUGAAUAAGACAAAAUAUUCAACUCUUCUGAAUAUCAUUGUUGUUUCUAUACACACACAAAAAAAUUAUGUAAUAUAAGUAAUUUCAUAAUUUAUUUCAAUGGGGUUUAUUGUAUUUUAAAUCUUAUUCACUUUAAUGAUAUUUGGUUAAUAAUUAAUUAAUAGUUCUUUAUUGUAUGUGUGUGUGUGUGUGUAUGUACACUUACUUACAUCUGUUACCGGGGUUCUUCAUCGAACUCCUAUUCUGCAUAAACUGAUGUAAAAUUGUUCUUUAAUCUUUUCAUUUUUUUCUUUCAUUAAACCGAUUGACCCUGUGUUGUUGUUGGUGGUGGGGGUGGUUCAUGUUGUCAUUGUAUAUUUCAAUCGUACUCUUGUUAUAUAUAUAUAUAUAUAUUUUUUUCUAGUUAUUAUAUCACUUCAACAUCCGCGAUACCCUUUAAUCAUUUAUUCCCCAUACUGUUCUCUUCAUGAGGAUGAAGAGAUAUUAGAUUAUGUAAAAUAAUAAUCAAUGUAUAUUGUUGAGUUUAUUUGUUCGCUUGUUUUUUCUCACAGUGAAAAUCGAAUAAUCAAUAUCGCACUAUAGUUAUGUGUAGUUGUUUUCCAAUAUUUAUUUCGCUUCCCCUCCUGUUUACUGUCCCGUUUGGUCUCCGCCCCUCCGUGGACAGAACAUACCAAUGCUUUUUCUUAAAAUCUUCAUUAUUUACAUUGUUUUGACUGAAGCAGACAAGAUCAUCUCUUUCUUAUACAUACACACAUAUAUAUUUAGGUAAUUAAGGCAAACAUUAGUAGUGUAUGAAUACUGAGCUAAUGGAUUAUGUUGAUUUUUGAUUUGAGGCCACUAAUUCCUUUUUAUACAUGUAUACACUCAUGUAUAUCACAAAGAGUAUUAUUGUUAUUAUUACUAUUGUAAUUACUAUCGCUUAUUAAUCACCCUCUUGUCACCCUACUAACCUUAUGAACAUAAGUAAUUCAGUUUGAUUUGUUGAAUAAACCGUAUGAUCACAAUUCACGUUGUUUUUAAUUUCUAUGUUGUCGUUGUUGUUCAAGUUAUACUCUAUUAGUUCUUUGUUGUUGUUGUUGUUGUUGUUUGGAAUAAACAUAGAAUUGGGAAAGAGAAGAAAAAAAAACAAAAGAAAGAACGAAA